GACAAAGAUCACCCGCACUCCGCUGCACCGCCCCGAGGACGAUGGCCGGGUCUCCUGCACUGCUCCUCCUGCUCAGCCUGGGGCUCUGCUGCACUGGCACCCAGGGACAGAGGAUGGAGGCCACGUUCCUCCACAGGAAGAAGCAGCACCCCCAGGAGGGGCAGCGGCUGGAGCUGGAGUGCCUGAAUUGCGAUAGGAAUAGACCCAUCUUCUGGAUCCGCCUGGACAAGAGUGGGAACCUUCACUUCAUUCUCUCCAGUACCCAUUCUUAUCCGUCUACAUUAAAGGAAGGUGAGAAAACAUCUCCAAACAUUGAGGCAUUAUGGAAAGGAAACUCCUAUCGGCUGGUAGUGAACAACUUCAGGGCACAGGACCAGGGGACCUAUUUCUGCGUCAACUACAUCAACCAGGUGCUGCACUUCAGCUCAGGACAACCCGCCUUCUUCCCAGGCACAACAGCAGCACUCACUGCCACCACCCAAAGCAGCCAGGUCACCACGAAGGACAUCGCCUGUCACAGCCCGGAUCCAGCAGCAGCACCCACCACACUCAGUGCCACCACCCAGAGCAGCCAGAUCACCAUGAAGGACAUCUCUCAGUACAGCCCAGAUCCAGGAAGAAGCAAGGAGAACAUGCCCAAUUUCUACUGUAAAUCAGUCAUGUGGGUUAACCUGGUUUGUGCCUGCCUCCUGCUCCUCACUGCCAUAACCAUCACCAUCACGCACUGCCAAAGACCAAGCUCACCGUAAGCAAGCAGUGCUGCAUCGCUGCUCAGCAGAAGGCACACAGGCGUCCUCCUCAAGCACCGCACGGAGCCCAUCAGCAACACACACAGCUGCCCUGAUGCAGCGCGGGCAUUUGGCUGCUCCUCCUGUGCUGCCCACCAGCACUGCACACCUCCCGCGGCCUGACAGGUGCUCCUGCCCCACACUGCUGGGACACACCCAGACCGCGGGGGACAGCGCUGACCCUAAGAAGCCGGGCAGCUCCGUGCCACCGGGGAAAAGAGCUGUGCGCUGUGCUGGACAGCUGAACCUUCCACGAGAUGACCAAUAAACCAACCAUGUCAAUACUCA